GAGUGGCGCGUUUCUCUCACCGGUUCAGGUUAAAUCCCGCCCCUACGAUUACGUCACACAGUCGCGCUCCUGGUUAACGCGGCGCAUAGAAACUUCUGGAAAAUCCCCGCACGCGCUGUAUAAAUGUUUCCACACACGCUUGAGCGCGGUUAUGUGUUCCCCGUGUUUCAUCAACUGUGGAUCAUCCGGACUUGUGGAUUUAUCUUAUUGAUUUUAGUGCGCGUACUUUGAUAUGAGGACCUACACCAUGCACAUGAUCCUGUUUGGGCUGAUGCUUGCUGCCGGUGUGUCUCCUGUGCCAGGUCUUACCUUUACAGUAGCGAAGCUUCAUCAGUCUGCUACUCUGCCCUGCAUGCGGAAAUGUCCAGGUUCAGUGAAGUGGACCCUGAUCCAGAAGCCGAGUCGAGAUGUCGUCGUGGCUCGGUGUGAUCGGACGUCCUGCAGCUCUGAGGAGGGGUUCAUCAUCUCUCGCGAUCAGUACAGGGAGGGGAAUCUGUCUCUCACCGUCACUGCAGCGGAUUACAGUAGGCGUGGCUGGUACACGUGUCAGUGUGACGGCGAGAACGUCUGUGACGUGAGUCUUCGCUUUGAGCCUGUUGAGAUUAUGAAACGGUUCCGUCCUGGAGAUUCCCUUGUUGUGGAUGUUCAGAUCCCUGAGCGGGUGGAGGUCACGGUACUCAGGAGCGGAGGUGAUGGAGCUCGCCGCUCUGACCCGGUCCGAGUCUGUACAGCUGAUGGACGUAGAGUUGAGUGCGAGCCUGAAUACCAGAAGAGAGUGGUGUUUAAAUGCUCACUGGCUCUGACUGCGCUGAAGGAGACUGAGAGCAGUGUGUACACUCUGCGGGACACUGAUAACGACGAGAUUAUAUCCACACACACGCUCGCGCUCGCAGGAAAUGACACGGACGACAACAACACGGUGCCUGUAAAAGGUACAGAGGACAGCUGGAAUAUAAAGCGUAUAUUUGUGUCUGAGUACAGAGGAGUGCUGUUGGGAUUCUUCCUGGGUCUGGGCGUGUCUGGGGUUCUCUGGGGGAUGAAGAUCUGCUGUUUUAUCUGGAGGAAAGUGAAAAGGUGUUGGAGAGAAGAUCCUGAUCACAGCGCACCGCGUGUGAAGUUUAAUCCUGUUCAGAACGUCGCGCUGCGCAUGUCCGUGGAUGAUUAAGGGUCAUUAUAUAGGAUAACGGGUCGAAGAUUUCCCGUUGGGAGCCGUGCGGUAUCCACGGUUACGGUUCAGCAUUUCCCAGGGUCCCACGUGGUGGGUUUAUACACGCACUCUCUCUCUCGCUCUCUCUCUCUCUCUCUCAGAGUCGGCAAUGAUGGAUUUCAAACCCAUUUAUUUAUGUGCUUCUUUAUGUAUUUAAUGUAUUUAAUGUAUUUAAUGAGUGUAAGUGUACACUUCUGUCCCUGCCGAGGCCGAGUGUGUCCCUGCCGACCUGCGAUCAGGUGUUUAUUUCUCCAGCACGUGUACACACCUCAGGUCGAUCCAAACCAGUCAAUGAGAUCAAACAUAAGUAAAAGGUGUGAAAUAAUCAAGUGCGUGAACACGGAGGUAGAGUAAACGCUGAACUCAGGAAUCUGUGUUUAUUCUCAGACGUGUGACCAACGUUUAUUGCUGUGAAUGUAGAAAAUAAAAACAAAGCCUGUUUAUUUCAUUCAUAAAGAUAUUUAUAAUGUUUACAUAUUUAUUUAUACAUGUUAAUGUUUAGGAUAAUUAUGUUGAACGUUUUCUGCUCAUCUGGAAUGUAGCUUAGAAAUAAAUAAUGUUGUUUGUCAGUCAUUUUCUAUUUCUUUCUAAUUUUGUAAUCUGUAAAAGUGAGGAUAAUAAAAGUCUCUCACACUGUUAAA